UCGCACAAAGCUCUCGUUCCAUGAUAAUCCAAGCCUUUGCAAUUUUAAUUGCAUUUGUAUGGUUAGAGAGUAUAUUUAGCUUUAACAAACUCACCGUCGUCACCUCUUCCAACGCACCAUAUUCACGACUCUGCCAAAUGGAGCAUACCCUCGCUCCUCUCUUCCUCGCUGACGGCAUCACCACGUGUCGAGGGAAAGAACGGUCGUGUCUUCACUUUAACUCCUUUCCGUUAUGGUCUAUGGAGGACUACUUACUGUGUUCUUCUGAGUUCAUUCAUCUAUCUGCGACUAUAUAUAUGGCCAAAAUCUUACAACUCUAUCUCAAGAAUCAGUUUUCUUUGAAUGAAUAAGUUGACAAGCUUGAGCCAGGGAUCCAUCAAAACGGCGCCACUUUGUUGAUUCCAUCACCGCUCCUUCUCGGAUUCACUGAUUCCCUGUCGAGUAAAUUAGUCUCUGUUCUUCUGUUGACGAAUUUCUGGUAUAUAUAUAGCACUGUUUUUGUUGCUGACUUGCUGUGUGUAGGGGAAAGCUGCGUUAGAAGAUAUACGGAGUUUAUAGAUUGCGAAUUUGGAGUGAGAAUGGGCUCGUCGGCGAUCUCGUUGCGGUUGAUGCCUGCAUGCAUGAGAGCUGGGCGGGGGGAUGAGAGUGAGAAGGUGCCACUUCACUGUUCUUCGAUUUCAAGGGGUUUGGUGAACACCGUUCGUACUCCUUUUGGGAUUCAUUUUCCCCGUUCGAUAUUUGUUGGCAGUGGAGUCUCUUCGCCGUUCUCAUUGGGAAAUGCUGCUCAUAUCCCCAGACGCAGCACAUCCAGCAUUGUUACUCACUCUGGGAGGGUGAUGGCAACUGUCUUGCAACCUGUGCUGGAAGUUGCAACUAAGAAGAAACCUCCCACUAAGGAGCGGCGAGUGGUUGUGACUGGGAUGGGUGUUGCAACACCACUUGGUCAUGAAGUCGAUGUGUUUUACGAAAACCUGCUUCAAGGUGUCAGCGGCAUUACCUAUAUAGAUGCUUUUGAUUGUUCCCAGUUUCCAACAAGAAUUGCUGGAGAGAUAAAGUCUUUUACGACUGAUGGUUGGGUUGCACCAAAACUUGCAAAGAGAUUGGACAAGUUCAUGCUCUACAUGUUGUCUGCUGGAAAGAAGGCAUUGGCUGAUGCUGGAAUCAAUAAUGAUUUGAUGGAAGCUGUUGAUAAAAAAAAAUGCGGAGUUUUGAUUGGCUCAGCAAUGGGUGGGAUGCAGGUUUUUAGUGAUGGAAUGGUGGCUUUGCGGAUUUCAUACAAGAAGAUGAAUCCUUUUUGUGUACCUUUCGCUACUACUAACAUGGGUUCUGCAAUUCUAGCAAUGGACUUGGGUUGGAUGGGGCCAAAUUAUUCAAUUUCAACUGCAUGUGCUACAAGCAACUUCUGUAUAUUGAGUGCUGCUAACCACAUAAUUAGAGGUGAAGCUAAUGUGAUGCUAUGUGGUGGAUCUGAUGCACCUAUUAUACCAAUUGGAUUGGGUGGAUUUGUAGCCUGCAGGGCACUUUCUCAGAGAAACAAAGAUCCUACUAAAGCUUCACGACCUUGGGACAGUGGUCGGGAUGGCUUUGUCUUGGGGGAAGGAGCUGGUGUUUUGCUGUUGGAAGAACUUGAGCAUGCCAAGAGAAGAGGUGCAACUAUAUAUGCUGAAUUCUUGGGUGGAAGCUUCACCUGUGAUGCAUACCAUGUAACUGAGCCUCAUCCUGAUGGCACUGGUGUUAUCCUUUGUAUAAAGAAGGCCCUAUCUCAGUCUGGGGUAUCCAGCCAAGAUGUUAACUAUAUCAAUGCACAUGCAACAUCCACACCAGCUGGAGAUUUGAAGGAGUACCAAGCUCUAAUUCAUUGUUUAGGCCACAAUCCAGAGUUAAGAGUGAACUCAACAAAAUCUAUGAUUGGUCACCUUCUAGGAGCAUCUGGCGGCGUGGAGGCUGUAGCAACUGUUCAGGCAAUUCGAACUGGGUGGAUACAUCCAAAUGUCAAUCUUGAAAACCCAAGUAAUGGCGUGGAUUUGAAGUUCCUUGUUGGCCCCAAAAAGGAAAGGCUUGACAUAAAAGUAGCACUAUCUAAUUCCUUUGGAUUUGGCGGUCAAAAUUCAUCAAUAUUAUUUGCUCCUUACAAGUAGAUAUUUUGGAAUUGUUGGCACCUAUAAGUAUGCAUGCAUAUGCUCCUUUCAUUGCAAAGUAGUAUAUAUUUGAUGAAAUUGAGGUUGCUAGUCACUAAAAAAUGUAAAGGAAUCCUGAUACUUGUAAAUAGAUUAAUGUGAAUGGCUCAAGUCUUGUACAACAUACUGUCCCAUGCUUGCUCAUCCGAUAGAGUACAUACAUAUGGUGUAGACUGAUUGGUACAAAUAUAGCGCUUAUAAGGGAAAUCCUCUUCUGCAUUUCUAAUUACACAUUUAAUGUUGAUAUCUGAAAACUUGUAUUGCCA